AUGAAGUACAAGUCAAAAUCUUCUAGUCCAGGUGUAGAAGAAGGUAGCUCCCCAAGGUCAUUUGGCACAUCUGAUAUUUGGAGGAAAUAUAGACUUGAUCCGACUAGAGUUAACCAGUGGACAGCUAAUUUAAGAAUGUGGAUUAGUAAAACUGUAGUUGAAAGAGUGUCUGCAGAAAUUGAUAAUGUAUCUACUAGCCUAAUCCGUCAUGGUCUUAGCGACUCUCAACCAGGACACGUUGGUUUGGAUAAAUUAAGAAAACUUGCCCAAUCGUUUUCAGUAACUGUCAUACCUACCUUACCUCCUCUUGUUCCUUUUCUUGAAUUAUCAAGCAACCAAGAUUAUCUAGUGAAAAGAAUUAAGAUUCUAGCCAAAGGUGGUUCUAUGAGCGAAUUUAAAUGGAAUAGUGGAGGAUCAUAUAAUGGAAAGGAAUGGGAUGCAAGCCUUCCCACAGAUACGGCAAUUAUUAUGCAUUUGUUUUCAACGUACAUGGAUACUCAACUUGAAGCUCCCUUGAAUCAACCUGAUGCCAGACCUUUUACAUCAAUGUAUACCGCCAAAUCGACAUGUGAAUUACCUCGUAGUAAAGGUCCGAUAAUUGUAACUCAAUCGGUCAAUCCACCACAUUAUUGCCUAGCUCUUUCUGGAGAUUCACUAUCUCAUGAUUUCGAAAAUAUUCCUGGGGGAAGAAAUAAUUUUUUUCACACGCUUUUGCUUUUCCUGUAUAUUGUAAAGACUCGAGAUCAUGGAAUGCUUGGUCGUGUCAACCUUGGAAUGUCUGGUGUAAACGUUAUGUGGGUCAUAGACUAAACUGUGUAAUGAGUUGUUUUUUAUUAAUUAUUUAUUAAAAGACAUUUUCUUUUUUUUUUUAAUGAACAUGAUUGUUUUCCGUGCC